AACCCAAACUGCAAGGCUAACAACAUUUUCGAAUUGAGACAGGUGCUUCUGCUGUACUGAAGCCAUUCUUAUACUUAGAAGUACAAAUUUAAAAAAAAGGAAUGAAGGGCAAUCAGAGUCAGAAGGUUAUUAAUGUUGAAGUACUCAAAAAGCAAACCAGUCGAUUAACACGAAAAGAGCUGAAUCCUUAUUUGAAGGAAUACGUGGAGAAAUAUGGAACUAAAGACUACCGUGGAGAAGCCAACGAAAUAAGUAUUUUGUGCGCAAAUGUAGAAUCAAUAACUUUUCACGAUGACACAAACAUGGAAGGUAUAAUAUCUCUAUGUAAUGGGACCGUUGAACAUCAGUAUCAUAUAUUCACCAUAGAAGACAGUGGGCCUGAGUUGCAGGAACUUGAUGACAAAGAGGAUGAAGUACCAGCAGCCACACACUGGCAACUUCCUUCAUCAGAGUUCCACGGACUAUGGGAAACAUUGAUAUAUGACAACAAUAUUAAAAUGCAGCUGUUGAAUUUUAUACAGACUACCAUGCUGUUUUCAGAUUGUGGAGUGAAUAGUAACAUCAUAAGCUGGAAUAGGGUUGUACUCCUUCAUGGCCCUCCUGGAACCGGAAAAACAUCUCUCUGUAGAGCCCUUGCUCAUAAAAUGGCUAUUCGCCUAAGUCAUAGAUAUUCAAAUUCUCAGCUGGUUGAAAUCAAUAGCCACAGUCUCUUCUCCAAGUGGUUUUCAGAGAGUGGAAAACUCGUGAUGAAAAUGUUUGCCAGAAUUCAAGAGCUAAUUGAAGACCCAGAUUGCUUAGUGACAGUACUCAUUGACGAAGUUGAAAGUUUGGCACGAGCUCGCCAAUCAGCAAGCAGUAAUAACGAACCAUCUGAUAGUGUCCGAGUAGUCAACGCCCUAUUGACACAAAUUGAUCAAAUUAAACGGUUUCCCAAUGUGCUAAUACUCUCAACAUCCAACAUAUCGGGGACAAUAGAUUUAGCCUUUGUUGAUCGAGCAGAUAUUAAACAGUUUAUCGGACUUCCAACUCCUCGUGCAAUAUAUGCAAUAUAUUAUUCUUGCCUUCAAGAAUUAUUUAGGACAGGAAUAUUAAAAACUAUUGGCAACCUGCAAACGAUCCAAGAGCUGGAGGUGGCAGGAUUUAACCAAGAAGCGGAUAUCCACACCAUGAAAUUAUGGAAUCUGUCGAGGCUGAGCCAAGGUCUAAGCGGUCGAACUUUGCGGAAAAUACCCUUCCUUGCUUGCUCCAUCUUUACUAGUUUUCAUGAGACAGUCAACACAUUACCACUAUUUCUGGACGCCAUGGAGUAUACCGUUCAAAAACAGUUCGAUGACCGAAAUGUUAUGCCGCAAUCGUGAUCUACAUCAAUGACUUGUGCGUGGUUUUAUGCAUUGAAUA